CCUCCUCCUCCCCGACCACCCCAACGCCCAACGCCGGUCCUCCCCCGCGUCUACUCCCAGCCUCCCACUCCCACCGCCGCCCGCGCGACACCUCGUCCCCGGAAUGGCUGCGGGCUCGUCCGUGGUCUGGGCCGCGCACCACCCGUCGCCGUCCCACUCCCACCACCACCGCCCGCGCCGCGUCGUCCUCUUACCCCCGCCGCCGCCGCUACCGGCGAGGCGGGGCGGCGCGUCCCUCGCGCGUUCGCCGCGCGCCAGCCUCGCCGCCGCCGCACCCGCGGUGGCGGUGAGGACGGCGUCGGAGGAGGCCGUGUACGAGGUCGUGCUGCGGCAGGCGGCGCUCGUGAAGACCGCGGCGCCGCAGCGGACGACGCGGUGGGCGGAGGAGGAGAAGAAGGAAGAGGAGGAAGGGGUCGUCGGCUGGGGCCUCCUCGGCGACGCCUACGACCGCUGCGGCGAGGUCUGCGCCGAGUACGCCAAGACCUUCUACCUCGGCACACAGCUCAUGACUCCUGAGAGGCGCAAAGCUGUCUGGGCAAUCUACGUGUGGUGCAGAAGAACUGAUGAGCUAGUGGACGGUCCUAACGCAUCUUACAUCACGCCAACUGCUCUUGAUCGCUGGGAGAAGCGAUUGGAGGAUCUCUUCGAAGGCCGCCCGUAUGAUAUGUACGAUGCCGCCCUCUCAGACACGGUCUCAAAGUUCCCGGUUGAUAUCCAGCCGUUCAAAGACAUGAUUGAAGGAAUGAGGCUGGACUUGUGGAAGUCGAGGUACAUGACCUUUGAUGAGCUCUACCUCUACUGCUACUACGUCGCUGGCACGGUUGGCCUCAUGACAGUUCCUGUCAUGGGCAUUGCCCCUGACUCAAAGGCCUCAACAGAGAGCGUGUACAAUGCUGCACUGGCUCUUGGCAUUGCUAACCAGCUGACGAAUAUUCUCAGAGAUGUAGGCGAAGAUGCGAGGAGGGGGAGAAUAUACCUUCCCUUGGACGAGCUUGCACAGGCAGGUCUUACAGAAGAAGACAUAUUCAGAGGGAAAGUGACAGAUAAGUGGAGGAGGUUCAUGAAGGGCCAGAUUCAGCGUGCCAGAUUGUUCUUUGAUGAGGCUGAGAAGGGCGUCGCCCAUCUAGACUCUGCUAGCAGAUGGCCGGUUCUUGCGUCUCUUUGGCUGUACAGGCAGAUCCUUGAUGCCAUUGAGGCAAACGACUACAACAACUUCACCAAGCGUGCGUACGUCGGCAAGGCCAAGAAGCUGCUGUCAUUACCGGUUGCAUAUGCAAGGGCUGCUGUUGCAUCAUGAACCAUCUGUAGAUCAGAUGUUUUUGUUUUGUUUUUUUCUUUUUCUUUUCCAAACCCAGUUUGUUACCCCCUCACCUCCCAUUUUUUUGCUUGGUUUCUUUGCUCUUGUAUAUAAUCAGCUUCAGCUGCCUGCAUGGCAUAAUCCUUGCCUGUCACAUACAGUUCUUAGUUCAGAGGGGACUGAUUCCAUGUCCCUCAAUACUCGGCUCUUGUUACCAGAAGGAAUGAAGAAUUAGAAUUCGAGAAGCAUACUUGCCAAUUGUCUUGGAUGA